AUUUGACCUUUUUGACAUUAUUGAAGGUUAUAAUUUGUUAGUGGAAGUCACCGAAAAGUAAAACAAUUAAUUAUUUUUUAUAGUAUCCCGCUAUAAAAUAGUACACAUAAAUCAUGUCGUUAAAGAAACUUAGUAUUGAUGCUCUCGAUUUGGCAGGGAAGCGAGUUUUGAUCAGGGUUGAUUUCAACGUGCCGCUAAAGGAGGGUAUAAUCACCAAUAAUCAGCGCAUUGUGGCCGCCUUAGAUACAAUCAAAUAUGCUCUCGAAAAGGGCUCUAAGUCCGUGGUUCUUAUGUCACACUUGGGUCGACCGGAUGGACAGGCCAACCUCAAAUACACACUGAAACCGGUGGCAGAGGAGCUUAAAAAGCUCUUAAACAGGGAAAUCACAUUCCUCCCAGACUGUGUGGGACCUGAGGUGGAGAAUGUCUGUGCUGACCCAGCAGCAGGCUCUGUGAUUUUGCUAGAAAAUCUUCGGUUCCACAUUGAGGAGGAGGGCAAGGGUCUGGACGCUAGUGGGGCGAAAGCCAAGGCUGACCCUGAGAAGGUCAAAGCAUUCCGGGCUAGCUUGAGGAAGCUGGGUGAUGUCUAUGUCAAUGAUGCAUUUGGAACUGCUCACCGAGCUCACAGCUCUAUGAUGGGUGAAGGUUUUGAACAGCGCGCCUCUGGAUUCCUCCUAAAGAAGGAACUGCAAUACUUUGCUAAGGCUCUUGACAACCCUGAGAGGCCUUUCCUCGCUAUCCUUGGUGGAGCUAAAGUCGCUGACAAGAUCCAGCUCAUCGAGAACCUGCUGGACAAAGUCAACGAGAUGAUCAUUGGUGGAGGCAUGGCUUACACUUUCCUCAAGGAAAGCAAGGGUAUGACUAUCGGAAAUUCCCUGUACGACGCUGAGGGUGCGAAAAUUGUGGCCAAACUCUUGGAGAAGGCCGCCAAGAACAACGUGCAAGUGCAUCUGCCGGUCGACUUCAUUACUGCCGACAAAUUUGACGAAAAUGCCCAGGUUGGUACAGAGACGGUGGAAUCUGGUAUUCCCGACGGCUGGAUGGGUCUUGACGUGGGCCCGCAGUCCCGGGAGCUCUUCGCUGGGCCCAUCGCUAGGGCCAAGGUCAUUGUGUGGAAUGGGCCCGCGGGCGUGUUCGAGUUCGAGAAGUUCGCCGGCGGCACCAAAGCCCUCAUGGACGGCGUGGUAAACGCCACCGUCAAUGGUACCACCACCAUCAUUGGCGGAGGUGACACGGCGACCUGCUGCGCCAAGUGGGGAACCGAGGACAAAGUCUCCCACGUCUCAACUGGCGGUGGUGCUUCGCUGGAGCUGCUUGAGGGUAAAGUACUGCCGGGCGUAGCCGCUCUCUCCGACGCAUAAAAUAGUCCACAAUUAUUUAUUAUUUAAUAUAAUGUUGCAAUGUAAUCGCUUCGAAAUUAUAUAUGUACGUUUAUAGUAGUUGUUAAUUGUAUGUUAUGUAAAAGUGAUAGCAGGCCAUGUUUGUAUAGCAUAAUACCUUGAGUAAUAAAGUUCCACUACAAAUUA